UUUUCUUUCUGAACUGAAGUCUACUGAAGUGAAGUCGAAACAAACAAAGCUAAAUCUCAAAAUUACGCAAUUCUAGUAAACGAAAUAAACACUAAAAUACAUUUCGUACGAAGAACACAUAAAAAGCACUUUAUUUUGUUUAUAAUUAUUUACAAUCUCUGCACUUUCGAGAAAUGUUGCGGACCAUCGGGUACCUCCGGCCUAUGCAUGUUGCUCAAAAGCUACGUAGCAUAACUUUCUGCAGCGACGGUACUAAACAUGUCGAUACCACAUACAUGGAAAUACCUGUUUAUAAUGUUGACAAGGCACAACCUCUAGAAGUGCGUAAAGCCAGACUCCAUUACCAAUCCAGAAAAAGGGGUAUGCUGGAGAAUGACCUGCUACUGAGCACAUUUGCUAAGAAGUACUUAAACACAUUCAAUGAAGAACAAACAAUGAUGUAUGACCGUCUUAUCAAUUCUCCAAGUAAUGACUGGGAUAUUUUCCACUGGAUUGUACAGAAAAAACCCACUCCUAAAGAGUUUGAUAAUGAAGUCAUGGAUCUUUUAAAAAAACAUGCAAAAAAUGAAGAUAGGGUUAUGUUGCAACAACCCAAUCUUCAUGACUGAUUAUUAGGUGGUAUCUGAAGCCAAAAGCAUUUAACAUUUUUAGUUUACAUGAUUGAAUUUAUUUGUCAGAUUCAUCAUUUACAUAAAUAGAAGUUUGCUCUAAAAAGAGUCCCUUUAAUUAUAAUAUCUAGUCAAUAAAGAUUUUGUAAAAGAUUUCUUGUCGUUUAUCUAACUAAUCAAGUUACAGAAAUAACAUGCAAAAUCAAAUUACUUUUAUUUGACUUAAAAUUCAAUUGAUGCUUUUCUGUUCAUAAAAUAAUUUUUUAUCCUGUUUUAUAUUUUGAAUUUUUCGAAACUUGUUUGCUUUUUGUUAAAUAAUGACAUUGUUUGCUUUUUGUUAAAUAAUGACAUAAAGAUAAAUGAGUACAAAUAAUAUUUGGUUAUUUAUAUUUUAACAUUAUUUCUAUUUUAAAAUAUGAUGUGUGAUUUUGUAGAUAGUAUUUUUGUAGAUAGUUGUUAAUUAUUGUAUAAUGCUUAUGGAAUAAAUUCGAUCUAUUCGUCAAA